AUGGCGGGUCCUGCCUUGGUCGCCAGCGCUGCGCGGGCGCGCGUGCGAAAGCGACCGAGGGCCAGUCGACAGUGUGGAGAGCAGGAGGCUUCCUGGCAUGCUCGAUAUGCAGCACCGGUUAAGCUUGCCCAAGGGCGCUCCACUCAGCGUUUCGCACUGGGCGACGCGCGGGCAAAGGAGCAUUUGCAGAAGGAGGGCUAUGUGGUCCUUGCUGACGUGCUCGCCCCCAAUGAGGUUGAAGAGGCUACGGAUCGGUUCUGGAGCUAUCUGAGUGCCUCAUCAGCUGGGGCGGUGCAGCGAGAGUCUCCACUGACAUGGCAAAGCCAUCUGUGGCCGGGCCAAGAUUACAAUGGCCUUAUCAACAGUGGAGGAAUUGGCCAGUCGGACUUCAUGUGGUACGUCCGCAGCAAUCCAAAGGUUAUUGCUGCCUUUGCCGAUGUCUGGGACGUGGACAAGGAGGAUUUGAUCGUGAGCUUUGAUGGCUGCUGUGCCUUUCGGCCUCCUUCGAUUGAUCCCAGGUGGCGGACACGUGCCGGGUGGUUUCACACAGAUCAGAACGGUCGCACCACUGGGAGCGACUUCGUCUGUGCCCAGGGCCUCGUGGCGCUCACGGACGGUGACGAAGCCACUGGUGGACUCGCCGUUUUGCCGGGCACCCACAGGAGCCACGAGGCAAUCUUCCAGAGAUAUCCACUGGAACGCGAGAAUGACUUCUUCAUCCUCCCUCGCUCGGACGAGCUGUUGAGUGAGGCUCACCACUUGAAGCCCCACAUCGUCAAGGUGAAAGCCGGCGACCUGGUCCUGUGGGACAGCCGGCUCAUCCACUGCAAUGUGCCAGCUUUCCAUCGUUUCGAUGAGAUGCCCUUGGACGCUGCCUUGGAGGACCGGGGCCUGCAAGCUGCAAACAAAGCGCUGCUACCCGAACUCACGAGCGUGGCAGAUGCGGCGUGGAUGUGGGCGUUGCAUGAAGCUGCUUUCGACGAGAUGCUUGUCUCAUGGGGCUUGAGCUCCGCCUCUCUGCGAGACGACGUUUCCAGGCAGUGUGCCGCUUGGACGAAGCAGCUCUCCGAGGAGCUCUACUCCGACUCCACACCGAGGCUCUCCCGAUUGGUGGCGUAUGUGUGCGCGACACCCCGUGGCUCUACGCCUGGCCUUCUGCGCUUGCGCCAAGCUGCAGUUCUGCUGGGUGCGACUACAUCGCACUGGCCAGACCGAUGUGCCAUCACGGAUGCCCCAGUGAACCGCGCCGGGUUGGUGGAGUUCAGCUCGCUGGACCCUCUGACGUUCAGGCCCGGGCUGCGAAUCCAAUAA